CGAUUGUGCAAGGAUGACGCCAUGACAGAAUGAUACAUCAGCAAUCAAAGCGCCAGACGGCAUAGACGUUUUGGGAGCCGCAGAAUGAGAAGGUGAAGUACAAAUGGACCUAGUAUUUCAAAGUUAACCAUGCAUACAACUUGAAGUCAAAAUGGCUUCAUACAAAAGUAUUCUUAGCGAAAAGGAGAAUCAAAAUUGGUUGAAAGGCUACAUUGCGCUAAGGAUUACAAAGACCGGCCUUCAAAAUGUUGUGGAAGACGAUAUUACACAUUUACACACAGACAUCGAGUCUUCUGUUCGCAAGAAAAACAAUCUGAAACCAGGAACGACAUGCAACCAGUGUUUAACAGAGAAUCUCUUUCCGUGCUUUACCAGGGGUUUUUGUUCGAAUCCCCGGAACUGCAAGAAUCACGACCUUCCUGCCAAGAUGUACCGACCAUGCCCAACACAAAUAUGUGGGGAGUUCCGGAAUAAAAUCUUUGCCGCUCACAGAUUUGGUUCGCCUUCGUGGAAAAACACUCGGGCAAAUCUCUGGUGCACAAGUCCUUGGGAGAUGGCUAAAUCGUUCAUGCCAACGGAAGGCUAUCAGGACGUGACGUCUUUUACCGACACUGACUUCAAUGGCAUUGUUAAUCUGAUGAUCAACUGCACUGAGUUUCAACAAAGUCUCUCCACCAGCCUUUCUACAAACUCAAACCUUUUAACAAAGGCUAGAGAGAUUGGCAGAAAGAUUAGACACUCUCCAGAGCUGAAAGUUUCCGACGCUGAUGUCCUGGACUAUUUUGAUACGCUUAUCUCCCUGCUGUCUGACCCAACAAAAUUACUAGCUGAUUCAGAUGCUAAGCUGGCUGUCUCAAAUUUGAAGCUGCUUCGAGCAGAUUCGCUUCCAAUUUCAUCAGAAGAUGUUCGCGAAAUUCUCCAGGAGGCAAGGGCCGUAGUAGAAACUGGCAAACUAGAAAUUAACAGUGCAGUUGCGGAUGGAAAAGAUGCCAUCGAAACAGGGAAAAGGAAGAUAGAGAAUGCAGUUGCGUCUGGAAAAGACGACAUCGAAACAGGGAAGAAAGAGAUAAAGAAUGCAGUUGCAUCUGGAAAAGACGCCAUCGAAACAGGGAUAAGUGAAAUGAAGAAUGCAGUUGCGGAUGGAAAAGACGCAAUCAAAACUGGGAAACUUGAGAUAAACAAUGUAGUUGUGAAUGUAAAAGACACCAUCGAAACAGAAAAGAGUGAGAUUAAGAAUGCAGUUGCGGAUGGUAAAGACGCAAUCGAAACAGGAAAAAGCGAGAUAGAGAAUGCAGUUGCGUCUGGAAAAGACGACAUCGAAACAGGGAAGAAAGAGAUAAAGAUUGCAGUUGCGUCUGGGAAAGACGACAUCGAAACAGGGAAGAAAGAGAUAGAGAAUGCAGUUGCAUCUGGAAAAGGCGUCAUCGAAACAGGGAUGAAAGAGAUAAAAAAUGCAGUUGCGUCCGGAAAAGACGCCAUCGAAACAGGGAAAGAUGAGAUAAAGGGUGCGGUUGCGGAAUGUAUAGAUCAACUUCCGACAAUGGCUUUUCAGAUGUUUGACCAGGCGUUACAGAAAACAAAGGAAAGGGAAAACUGUGCGGAAUCUCAAAAGGAAGAAGAUCUACGACAGCGGCUGGCCAAACUUUACCUGAAGACACUUAGCAGUGCACCAUUUUCUCCUCUGGUGUCCGAUAACGACGAGAUGCUGGACAAAUUUUAUGUACCUCCGGAAAUAAUUGAAAAAACACACAGAAAGGUUGGCUCCAUUGAAGACGAAAACUGCGGAACUCCUGUAAAUUCUUAUAGACAACUUUUCUGCCCAAAUGGAAGAAACGUAAGCAACAUUUACAUGGUAGGCGAGGCUGGAAUGGGGAAGUCGUUCUUUACAUCGAAGUGCGCACUUUUAUGGGCCGGCAAUAUUUCACCUGAUGCUUCCAAAGACAAGAGUAAAAAGCACAGAUUUAAUGCUGAGUUGCUGUUUAAGGACACAGACUAUUUAUCAACCUUUGAGUAUUUGUUUCGUUUAACUCUAAGAGACUCCUUGGAUGAUUGCAACCUGACACACAUGAUAAAGGAUCAGCUAAUUGAUAGCAUUUACUCCAUACAUGAAUCCGAAGACGCAUUUAAAACUGCUUUGAAAGUGCUGUCAACAAAACAAUGCGUUAUUAUAGUCGAUGGAUUAGAUGAGUGGUCACAUCCACGCAACUUAAAAUGCCCUUGCAAAGAAGAAGACAAAGUGGUCCCAUUUUUGCCACCCACAAUAGAUGCCACCGUUUUAAUAACAUCAAGGCCGUGGAGAAUGUCCAAGUAUCGCGUAAAGGAUUCCAGAAUAGACAAAUAUCUAGAGAUUAAAGGGGUUGCAGAUAUAUGGCUCUUGAUUUCACACGUCAUUGACACCCUUCAUGAACCGCCGAUCUCUUUAAUUUUCUUCCACAAGUUUGUUAAAGAAAGAAGGAUUGAGGAUCUUUUGCAAGUGCCUAUUAUGUUGAUGAUGAUUGUGAGUUUAUGGUAUGAGGGUAAAGAGAAUACAUUCUCAAUUUGUGAUAUAUACGCGCAGUUGGUGGACAUGCUGUUAGGCAAGCAUUCGUAUCACAAUCAAAUCGCACACAGUCAAACCACAUCAAACGCCAAUAAAAAACUACCGAGCUGUUUUCGAGAUAAAGAUAAUGUGUUGAAAUAUUUCAAUAUUGUUUUAUCUUUGGCGCGUUUGGCAUUUGAAAGGCUGUUUACGACAAACCGUAAACAAUCACUAGUUUUCGACAAAGUUGAAUGUUUCAAUAAAGAAGAACUGUUGUUUUUGUUAAAAUCUGGUAUCUUACGAGAACAAAAAUCGCAGUCGCUGAUACGAACAUUGUCUAAGUUUUCUUUUCUACACAAAUCAGUUCAAGAAUUUCUGGCAGCCGUUAAUUUGUCAUAUCACCCAGAGGAGAUUCACCGAGUGAAAGAACUAUCUCGCAGAAAUGACCUGACACAAACGGAUAUCCAACCGAUAUUCUUGUAUUUGUGCGGCAUGAACUGCAAUUUGGCCAAUGAAAUGUCCGAACUUUUGUGUAAUGCAAUGCCUUGCAUAGACGUUGAAAGCAACAAUCCGAGAACGUACAAAUAUGAAGUGUAUCGUCCAGAUACUUCUAGUGUUCUGAAUCUUCAAAGUACAAUAAUGAACGGAUUGAAGACUUUAUCGAAUUCGUCGGAGGAUAUGAAUCUGUGUCUGUAUUACUUUAACAUAACACGUUGCGAUGACAUCAGCAUUGCACCUUUCAAAACGUUACUAUCUAUGAACAAAUCGAGCGUAAGAUACCUAGCUAUAGAGGAUGGUAAUGAGGUCUGUAGUGCAGAAUUGCUAGAAGUAUUUACACUUUCAAGACAUAAUCUUACUGCUGUAAGUUUGUAUCGUUGUUUUGGGCAAUACGACAUUUCGGAGUGUCAUUGUUUGAAAUAUCUUUACAUUAGGGGAAAAGAAACUAAAUGUAUUAAUGUAAACACGUGUAGUCUUAUUUCGUGCCUCAUAAUUAAUGUUUUACCAUUGGUAGAGUGUAACAUCUUGAAGUCAAUAUCAAUGCAAGCAAAACAUUUGAAACACAUAUCGCUAACGGGAUUGACCGAAAUGGGUGUGGAGUUAUUCUACGAGGCAUUGCCAAAACUUUUAGAGUUAGAAUACAUAUAUUUUGCAAACAUAAAGCUACUUGACAUGCCCAUCGUGCUGCCCAUUUCCGUCAGAAUUUGCGAGCUUUAUCGAGUAGAAAUGGUCGAAAAAACGUUACGGGAGUGGGUCGAGUGGAUAGAGGGCGAUGUUGAAUAUUGUAGGUUAACUCAAUGUCAUGUGGUCCCUUCGAUUGAGAUAGCACAACUGCAACACUCUAUUAAAUUGAGUAAGUUCAAACACAUAUGCACUCGACCAGAAGGUUCCCUUUUGAGUUGUAAUCUCGUUUUCUCGAAAGACAGAUUUUGGACCGUUCAUAAUCUCUUUCAAUCUAAGGCACCAACACAUUUGUUAAGAGCUGUCUCAUAUUAAGCAACGAUCUAUCAUGCUGUGCAGUGAGUAAACACGUAACAACUCUGUUCUCCUGCAAAGAAGCCUCCAAUGCCACAAAUGGCGACUAUCGCCGAACUGGAUGAUUGAUUUCGCAUUGCAUAAGGAACUGUAAAAUAUAUUGUGGUUGUGCCUAAAAAUACGAGUAGUUGGGUGUUUGCUUGUUGGGUUUGUAUCCCUAUUGCUUUAUAAUAAAGACGUUUAUUGAAGUUC